AUGUCGGCGUGGCUUGGGCGAGCGGUGCUGCUGCUGGGGCGGCCGGGGGGCCCCGCCGUUGCCGUCGCUGCCCCCUCCUCUUGCCUGUGCUUGCUGCGUGGCCCGCCGCGCUGCUGCUGCCACCGCCGCCUGGGCAGCCUGCGAGGCGGCGCUGAGGGGCUACUCCUCCCGCGGGAGUCGUCGCCGCCCGGGCGGGCGCUGGGCACCCACCCCAAGGAGCCGAUGGAGGCGCUGAACACAGCGCAGGGCGCCCGCGACUUCAUCUACAGCCUGCACUCCACCGAGCGGAGCUGCCUGCUGCGGGAGCUGCACCGCUUCGAGUCCAUCGCCAUCGCCCAAGACCCCAUAUCAGCUAGGGGAAGCUGUCAGCAAUAUGGGGAGACCUGGGCACAUCAAGAACCAAAUGGGGCCUGUUCCUCAGCCCAUUCCCAGACCUACCACCAGAAGGAUGCAGUUCCAUCAACUAAUUGCCCUAGCAAGAAAUAUGACAGGACACACUAUCUGUGGCCUCCGCUAAUGGCAGAGGCUUCAGGGAAACCCAUCCUUUGCUGCGGCUGCUACGCUCAAGGAAGGUUCUCAGAGAAGUUGGAGGUUGCACCACCAUCUCCAGGACAACUGAGACAUGUGUUCUUCCACAAUGCGUUACCUUUUGUAGGGUUUGGAUUUUUGGAUAACGCAAUUAUGAUUGCUGCGGGAACCCAAAUAGAGUUGUCAAUUGGAGUUGUCCUAGGAAUUUCAACUAUGGCAGCUGCAGCUUUGGGAAACCUUGUGUCAGAUUUAGCUGGACUGGGUCUUGCAGGUUAUGUAGAAGCUUUAGCUUCACGACUUGGUCUGUCAAUUCCUGAUCUGACACCCAAACAAGCUGAUAUGUGGCAAACACGUCUCAGUGCACACUUGGGUAAAGCUAUUGGAGUGACCAUUGGCUGCCUUUUAGGAAUGUUUCCUUUGUUGUUCUUUGGCGAUGAGGAAGAAAAACUGGAAGAAAAAAAUUAACCUUUUUACAAGACCUAUACAAAUGUAAACUACUGUACCUCAAUUAUUCAACUACACUGUCAAUAUUUAGGAAUUAUCAGACAGUAAGAAAUGUAUAGACUUGGGAACAAAACCUUCAGCAUGUCGUUUUAUGGAAACACUAAUUUAUCGUGGCUUUGCUGUGUUCGGUACUUCUUUUUAUAAGGUAUCAUCGAACUUUUUAUUUAAUUGUACAUUUUCAAAGUGUUUUCACUUAUGGCAACUGAUGUUUACCACUUUCCCCUCUGACUUUAUUCUUUAAUGGAUUAUUAUUACUUCAGUAAUCCACCAUGGAUGGCAGUAUCACUCAUGAGUUGCAUAUUGGUCGCUUAGUAGUUGUACUUGCAUGACGAAAAAUUCACUGCUGUUCAUCAGGUCCUUCAAUGCAGAUUAUUAAUUCAAUUGAUUAAUUUUAAGUCCCUUACCUUGCAAGAUGACUGGGUGCCCCAUCACCAGCCAACAUUUUGCACUGCCUUUAGAUAUUUCACUGAUCCAUGUCAGUCUACUUUACAUUCUUUCACAGUGCUAUCUCUGAAUUGUCUGAGAGUAUCAUUUUAAUGCUUUGACAAGGUAAGUGUUUCCAGUGUAGGCUCUUCACCAAGUCAAAUUUUUGGUGGUGUUUUAACACCACUUGUACUUCCAUAUUCAUGCCUUUUUUUCUUUUUAAUGUGUAAACAGUAUUUUGAGAAUUGAGCUGAAAUAUCCUUAAAUUUAUCUUCCUGAGCUUUGAGUCUGAUAUUAAAGAAUUCAGACCAACUGUUUCAAAACCACAAACAACUUUUUUUUUUUCUUGUUCUGCUUAAAAAAAGGUGUGAAUAGUUGAUUGGGUGGAAGGUCCAAGGAACACUUUGGGAGUAUGAGUGAGUGGUGGCAUUGAAAAUUUAUUAUGGGUGGUUUGGGUGAAACAAAGUGUACCAUCAGUCUGGAUUAGAGGACCUGGUGUGCAGAAUAUAACUUUAAGAUUAAGCCUUUGCUACUUUCCCCCCUCUGUAAGGCAAUUUUUGGGAGGGAAGAAAACCAAUGAGAAAAAAGGAGACUUGAGGCCUUUUUCCUUUUUGUUUUUUGCCUUUUACUUUUGCAGUCUUACUUGGUGUAUUAUAGAUCUGACAGUCACAUGUAACUGUACUUUUUUUUAUAUUAUAAUGAAUAAAUUGAAUGCAACUAUCGAAUAUUAGUUAUAUUUCAGGAUCUGACUUGCCAAAUAACAUAAUGCUGAACUGCUAACUUAAUUAGAGGAGAGAGUUUCUAACCUCCUUGAAUACUGUUUGAAAAAGACACUUGAGAGAGGCACAGCCUGGACAAUUUGAAAGUUUUAUUUCUGGAACUGCUAGCAAUUCUGUAGCCUAGAAAGAAAUGGGUUUUUAAAAGGAAUAAAAAUUUGUCCCCUGAUGACUUUUGUUUGCUAUAGGAAAAGCCUCAUUGUAAUGUGUGUGUUUUACAGAGCUUGUUGCUUCUCUCUUGGUCAUAAAUCUGACUUUUCUGUUCCUAUUUCUACAAGUCCUUUAACAGCAGUACUGACACUUUGGCAUCAGCCAUUGAUGAAGGUGACAGUGUGUAUCUAUCCUGUGAAAAACAGACUUUGAAAAUUUGCAGUGAGUAGUCUGAAUAGCAUGAGCUAUACUUUGUACAUUAAACCAUGAGAAUCUGAACCAGACUGUAAAAUGGAAAGAAACAUCAGCCAGGCAUAGAGCUCAAAUGCAAAGAAGUUUUGGCUUGCAUUUUUUAAGUUGAAAGCUUUUAUUAAAAGAACACAAACACACAGACAAAAAACCCCAAAACACCAAACAAAAAUCCCCCCCAAAACUAACACCAACAAACUAAUAAAAAGAACCCACUCCAACCACAAAAAAAACCCAAACCCAAAACAAAAAACCCCAACCAACCAAACCACAACCACAAAACCCACUCAUGCUAGAAAUUUUUGCACUCUUUCCCCAACAGAUAGCUGCUGUUUUACAGUACUUCAGUGAUCAAUUUUUAUUUUGUUUUACAUUUUUUUAGUUAUCCACACAUUCUUCUUGCCUUUAACUUCUCUUCCUCUGCAUUUACUUUCAUUUCUGGUAUGUUUAUCUAGAGCUGUAUUUCUCCACACAUUCUUUUCUUUAAACUGAAGCACACAUCCAAGCACUUUUGCAUAGCUGCUUUUGUAGCUGUUUUACAGUAAUGCCAACACUGUUUUCCAUUACAAUAUUGGCAUCUUUGUUGGAUUCUUCCAGCGGUGGCCAGGCUUCUGUUCUUUGCUGUAGUACCAACUGGACCGCCCAUCUUCAUCACUUUUCCAGAGCUCAUGAGAACAACCAGAAGGCUGCAUCAGCUUUCAUAGCAGUGUUCAUUUUAUAAUGGCAAAAGGAAAGACCGUGUACUCUUGAUAAAUAGCUCAUGCAUGUAAAUUGAGUAUGUUUUGUUGCUGUAUGUCCAACUAUUGUACUGCAACCAAUGCUUUUACUGAGAAUUAUUGAACUAAAAUAUCUUCAAAGAAAUUAAUCAUGUGUUGUCUUGUUAAACUAUUUAGCGACCACAAAAGUGUGGAAGGCAAGUGACACAUUGUAAGAAACCUUGGGUGUUUCAGGCUGUUGUUUGAUGGUGUAAUCAUGAAGGUGACUUCUGGGGUUUUGAUAUUUGACAAAUGUGAAGAAAUACCUUGUGAUUUGAGAGGAGUAGUGGCUCUUCUGGUGGCUGAGAGAAAGUGCUUGUUGGGGCCAAGCUGCCACCCUGAGUGCAAUUGGGGUAGCUUUCUGUGCCUGCAGGAUCCACUUUUGUGUGGAUGUAGUACUGCCUUAUGUGAAAAGGAAAGUCUGUGCUUUAUCUGUCUCCUCACAAGGAGGAUGAGAUCUGAUCUCUGAUGCUCUGAUGCUAAUCCCUGAUGCUCUGACCACACUUUUUAAAAGAACUGAGAAGACGGAGCACUAACAAAGCACUCUUUGUUUUCUGUUGUCUUCACUCUCCUCUAGAAAAGGAAACCCAAACACUACAGCAUAUUCAGAGAUUUCAAUAUUGCUCCAUUUUUAAAAUUCUAGCAGUUUGUCCUGUGCUAACGGGAAUCUUUCACCUUAAAGGGCUGGUAGACAUGAAAUUGUGUUUCUUUUCAAAUGCUGUCUUUUGUUGUAACUGAAAUGUAUUUUUGACUUUAUGUUUUCUCUAGGGACAACAAACAUGCAUCUGAUAAUGGUUUCCCAGAUCUUCUCACCAAUAUUUUCUCAUUCAUGUACUUUACAUAAAUUAUUUGAAUCCAGACAACAUAUUUUGUAUUGUCUUUAAUUAAAUUGUCAAACUCUGUAAACUUUUAUACCGCAGCAAAGCUGUUCUGUGUUUCUUUAUUAGACCAGAUGCUGGAGGGGAAAUGUCAAUAAUAUCCUUUGGAUAUUCAGCCUCAGUUAUACAAACCAGGAAUUUAAGGUAUAAGCAGGUGAUCCUUUGUCACUGUCAUAGGACAUGCCACUAUGGAGUGGUACUUCUGUCUCUUCAUGCUUGGAAGAGAGCAAUUUAAAUAAUUAAAAUAUUUGCAUGGUGUAAAUUGUUGGUGUUUGUGGUUAAUACUAGUCAGACAUCCACCUGGACUUGAACUUCUGGAAUUAACUAAGUUUUUUGUAUGCUAACUAAGCAUUUCUGAACUUUUCCUGCGCUUUGGAACUCUUCACUUUUUUUUCCACUUCUUGGUCAGUCCCAUUUGUUGGAUGUCUGUGCAUAAAGUGUUGUGAGUAAACCACAUCUCUACUGGAAGGGUGGUCUCAUCUCAUUUUGACAACCUGUAUAGGCUGGCUGUUGUUUUACUCUAUUCUAUUUACACUAUUGCAUUGUGUAGUAGAACUCUUCAUUGAUGUUGUUCUGAGAGUUCAUUGCACUUCUUGCCCUUGUGUUUUCCAUUUCUCUGAUGUUUUACAUGGUCUAGUGACAGGCUGACUGAGCAGCAGUAUGAAAACUGAAAGCCUUAAUAAACUAUUGAGGAAUUAUCAUCCUACUCCAAUAGUGUUAUACCUCUGGAUGUUUUUUUAACCUAAACUAUGAAGAGGUAGAGCUACUCCAGGUUGUAGUUAAUGCUCUCGUGACACAAAUUCAAACUCCUGUUUUAAAGUUUAAGGCUUUUACCCUCAUGUUGGUGUUCAGAACCCUUGGUAUCGAAAUUGUUGCUUCAAAAUAGUAUUAGAGUGGGGGGAGGAUGGAGGGUUUUGAGCAAGCAUGGAAUUUAAAAGCCAGCUGAGAUGAAUGCAGAAGAUUCUUGUAAGACUACUUUCACCAAUCAAAACAAACGCCAUCUCUAGAGAGACCUCCAAGCUCCCCCCAGCUCUCUGAAGAGACAUAGUCACAAGGCAGUUUUUGAGCCUCAGGUGUGUACUUUAGAAUAGUGACCUUGGGCAGCAACAGGAGAGUGUGGAGUUCUGAUGUGGUGUCUUUCCUGUAAGAUGAUGAUGACAAGAUAAGGCCUCCUGCAGCAACAUCACUGAGAGGAAAGAGUUUUGGUUUAACUCCUCACCUUAGUAGUCCACGGGUGUCCAAGCAACUUGCUUAAGUAACGAUGCAGCUAUGAAUGGUACUCCAGAGCCUCUUGAGUUGCUCCUUCUGGGUAUAUAGGCAGAGACUAAUUUGCUGUGCAAUAUUAAAGUGA